AUGGCCGACGAGCUCCAGGUGGGCUUCAUGAUGGCCGACAAGUUCAGACCCAAAGCUGGUGAGGUCGGUCAGGUGAAGAUCAUCUCAGAUGCCUCGCUGAACCCAACCAACGUCAUCAUCGUGGAUGACAUGUUCGACACCUGCGGCAGCCUGGUGAAGGUCGUCGAGGCCGUGCGCACCUUUGCGCCCGAGGCCCGGCUCUAUGCCGUUGGCACCCACGGCUACUUCUCCAAGGAUGCCAGUGAGAAGGUGGCCAAGAUGAUCUCGGAUCUGGGGCUGGAGUGGAUCGCGGUGACCAACUGCAUCUCCCAGAGAAUGCCUUUGCAGAAGUUUGAGAAGAUGGGCAUUGGGGACAGGCUGAAGGUGGUGGACGUCUCCAGAUUGGUGGCAGGGGCCAUCAUUCGAAUCCACCUGGGCGCUUCGGUGAACUUGCCCAAGUUCCGACAGCUGGGGCCGGCCAAUCCGGACCCCUUGUUGGCCGAGGCGGCCUUUGUGCCCACCACCCAGUACACCCUCCGGGGUGCCGCGCCGGCUCCCACCACGGAGUCCUGA